CCUUUCCCUUUCCCUCUUCCUCCAUCUCCUGUAAGCAGACUUUGUUUUUUGCUUUCACUUCUGAUUCAGUGUGACUGUGAAAGCAGUUUGCGUCGCUGCCCCACACCUCGUUUCCUCUUCCCGCCUCUCGCGGCGCAGAUCCCGAAGAUACGGAACUUAGCCGAAUCCUCGCUUCGAAGAAGAACUGGGACUUGGGACCUUACCGAGUGGAUUACAAACGAUCGGUUUUCACGAAAAGCGAAGCUUUUACGAACCAACCGAGGGAAAGGACCUCUCUGGCGUAAAAGAUGACCAACACCAACACAUCCCUGUGGAGCUAUGUCUCCACCAUGUCUCCGGAGCGGUUCAACGGCUUGUAUGAAGAAUUUCCUCAUACUCUACGUUGUCUCCUAGGGGAAUGGCUAGAAACAGAGCCAUGGGAAUUUAUCAACAGAUCAGAUUCUUUCUGUACUCUUCUGGCUGGAAGGCUGCUAUCUGCCAUGGUGGAGAAGAUACAAGAUCUUGCCAACAAGAACUGCAAUUCUGCUGCUCAGAUUCUUCAGUUUGUUGUCAACAUUGAGAGCAGAUAUCGGAAAGAUCCACUGCAGCUGGCAAAUGUUAUAAAAAGGAUCUUGGAAGCAGAGCAAACAGCAGUUCAACAGCAGCAUCAACACGUUCCCCUUGUCAUCGAACGUCAGCGGGAAGAACUGAUGUUUCGAUUCAGCAUACAGAAGCUACAAUACAGACUUCAGGAGAUUCAAACUCUCCGGGAAAGCUUCCAGCAGAUGAAGGGCAACACCAGAGCUCCAAUGUCACAAAACUCACUGGACUGUCAAUUUCCAAUUCAAGAGAACCUGCCAGCAAGUUCUCUUCAAAGCCUUCAAGGACUGUUCAUGAAGAUGGACAGUGAGCUAGAAGAGGCCAAGAAGAAGGUUCUGAUGAGGCUUCUGAUUUGGAAGAGGCAGCAGCAAUUGGCUGGGAAUGGAAGUCUGUUUGAUGAGGACUUGUCCCCGCUGCAAAAGAGGUUGGAAUGCCUGGUAGACAUUUGGUUCCAGUUUCGCCAGCAAUUGAUUACAUCUGGAGUUGAGCUUCAAUCUCAUAUUCGAGAACAUCUUGAUGAUACAUUCAACUCUCUUAUACAAAAUUCCUUCUUGGUGGAAAAACAGCCCCCGCAAGUUUUAAAGACGCAGACCAAAUUUCAAGCCAGUGUCCGCUUCCUGCUGGGACCUCAGUUACUCAAACAUCCGCCAACAUCAUUUCUGGUCACGGCUGACAUUGUGACAGAGAAACAGGCCCGGGAACUGACUGCCAACCAUUCUGCCUCUGUCUUUAGUGAAGGCACUGGAGAGAUUGUAAACAACACGGCGUCGCUGGAUAUAAAUGCCUCCAGCAAUUCUUGUACUGCUCAGUUCAAAAAUUUGCUUCUCAAAAAGAUCAAGCGUUGUGACCGCAAGAGUACAGAAUCCGUAACGGAAGAGAAAUGUGCUGUCCUCUUCAGCACCAGCAUCUGCCUUGGACCCAAACAAACCAACUUCCACCUACAGGCUCUGUCGCUUCCCAUUGUGGUAAUUGUGCAUGGAAAUCAGGACAACAAUGCCAAAGCCACCAUCUUAUGGGACAACGCCUUUGCUGCUCCUGAUCGCAUUCCCUUUGUGGUGGCUGAGCGUGUUAGUUGGAAGGCAAUGUGUGACACACUCAACCAGAAGUUCCUUGCUGAGGUGCAAACCACAAAAGGUCUACUCAAGGACCAUUACUUCUUCUUGGCCCAGAAGAUCUUUGGUGACAAUAUCACCACUCUAGAGGAACUGCAGAGAUGCCACGUGUCUUGGUCCCAAUUCAAUAAGGAGAUGCUUCCUGGUAGAGGAUUCACAUUUUGGCAAUGGUUUGAAGGCAUCCUUGACCUCACCAAGAAAUAUCUGAAGAACUAUUGGUCUGACAGAUUGAUCAUGGGCUUUGUCAGCAAGCAGUAUGUUUUCAAUUACCUGAGCAAUGCUCCAGCUGGGACUUUCCUGUUACGUUUCAGUGACUCUGAGAUUGGUGGCAUCAGCAUCGCCUAUGUUUCCUACUUCCCAGAUGGUUCCACUCAGGUGGAGAACAUCCAGCCAUUCACAGCAAAGCAAUUGUCCAUUCGUUCACUAGCUGACUGUGUUCUGGAUCUCCCACAGCUCCAUAUGCUUUUUCCUAACAGACCCAAACACGAGGCUUUCAGAAGAGACUACAACACAGAGACACGAAAAAACACCAGCAGUUACGUCCCAGCCACGAUAAAGAUAACUGUAGACUCACCCUGCUUAUUCCCUACAUCAAUUCAGAAACCAGUUGACACUCUGGGCAGCUCUAAUGUGAAUCUUGCAGUCCAUUCUGAUUCAACUUAUCAUGACCCGCCAGUCAUGGUUCCAUCACCCAUUGGAACAUCUUUACCCAGCAGCACAGCAUAUGGAAGCUCACAGUUGCCAUUUGACUUAAUGACUUGCUCAUACCCUUCGGGCAAUGCUUCGCCUCUUGGUCCAAUGGAUUCAUACCCCAUGUGCCAAGAUGUAGAGAUGCCGGACCUCUCUAUGCAGAUUGAGAACACCAUAACAUACUCAGAGAAUCUUCAGCUCCAUGUAAUGGCAGACCCAUUAAGAGUGGCUGAAACCAUUUCCCCACCUUCCAGUGAAGAGUUUGAAAAGCUUCUGCACCCAGACCAAGACCUGCACCCGGACCUUCACUUUUGCCAUAAUCCAGUGUGAUCCAUUUUUAUGUGCUUGUCGUCUUUCUCUCUAAUACCUUGGAGAUACUUUAAUGGACCUUUUAUGUACUUCUCCCUAUCAAGCCUGGACAUAAACAGUGAUGGCUGGCAACCCAGAAGACUUACUGUGUACAGAAAACUACUCCUGGGCCUAUCUGCAUGUCUACUUCAUCCAGUUAGAUCUUUGCAAAUUCUUUUGAACCAAGACCUGCUUCAGUUGUGUGCCAAGUCAGCUCUGCCUAAAUUGUCAGCGCAGCCAAUGGAGCAAGAGAGGGUCGCCCACUCACUCACAUCUCCUUUGCUGUGGGCAAUAAUGCCUGGGGGAAGGGGGACAAAUAUGAUGCACUAGCACCUCUUUGUGUUUUAUCACUUAUGUGUUACCUCUGGAUCGCAAGGGAAAUUUUGUAAUUUUUCAAUUAUAGAAUAUUAGAUUAACUUUUAUCAGUACCAGCGGCCAAGAAAGAAAACAUUUCAUCAGGAACUUCCGAAGAAAAUCUCUUUGUUCAUUUAAUGUAGGUAAAAUUUUGGUUGGGCUGCUGAUUCUUUCAUGUAUUUAGAUGGAUCAGUUGGGCAAAUGAAAAGAUUCCAAUGGAGUCUUCAUUAUUUUUCAUUUCUCCUUUGGAAGAAGAGACACCGCAUUUCCUCCCAGAAUUUAAUGUUCCACCCAGGAGCCUUUCUCCGCAUCAUACACAAUUGUUAGGCAGAGUGAAGUGACCAUCUCAGACCAAAACAAGAGCAAUGGUGGGGAAGUGUUGUAUUUCACAUGGCCUGCCUUACCGAUUUGCCAAAGUAACCCGCUGCCUUAGGUAUGGUGGUGAAUGCAAUCUUCCCCGCAAGUUUUUGUCCAUAGUUUUGGGGGCAGGGAGGUGCGAUUCAAUUUUCAUCCAAACAGCUGCAAAAUAUUUUGGUCCAGUUUUGCCAACUUGCAGUUCCUCUAUAAAAGAUGGAACCUAGAUUUUUUACACCUUUUUUCUGAUCCUGAGUGAAUUUUGGAUUCUUGAGUUAUGGACUACAGCACCUACCAUAUGCCAUUUUUUCUGGGUAGAACAAUGUAAAAUCCAGAUUUCUCCUAUAUUAUCAGCUAACACAGCCCAACCUUUUAUACUAGAUUUCCUGUUGUACAUAUUCUAUCCUCAUUUGCCAAUAUCCUGGUAAAAGGUGCAGUGUAAAAUAACCCAUAAAAUAAUACUUUAUUCCAAAAUAACAAAAUAAAUAAUCUAUU